AUGGGAGAUGACCACCACCAUUAUCGAGUAAGUACGAGGCCUUGUGGCCAUGGAGGAUACGUUCUUUUCUGAGUUCCUAUUCUCCCCACUCAUCCUGCAUGCAUAUUUGGGCUAUCGCAGGAGGACGUGAAUUUGGUGCGAUUUGAGGGGCCCUGGUCCCCUGACUCGACCUACGAUAAUCCCCUCCCUGGGGACGAAGACGAAGGUCGGGCUCUGCCGUUUGUUCCCCCUCAACUGCAGCGCCCUUUGCUGGGCGCCGCCGCCGCCAGAGAUGCCCAGGGAGAUCUCCCGCUGCCACCGAGCGCCGUCCUGAACCACCUCUACGUAGAGGGACAGAGACAGCCCGAGGUCAGUCGUCGCUCUCAGCAUCACCCACCGCUUCCACUCCAAGUACGUCAGCGUCGUUCUUUACAAACCUGCUCGGAGGAGGGGGGGCUUGAGGGCCUUAAAUGUUCUUGUCGAUCAGAGAAACAUCCGACAAGUGUCGAGCUUUUGUCCGUAA